UCGGAUCAGUUCGACGCGAAUCGUGCAAUAAACCGGCCAACCGGGAUCGGACCGAGCCAGAAGCGAAGCCUGCUGUUAGGUAGUGUGCGGUGCGGUGUGGUGAAGGGUUUGCGUGCCAUCGAUUCGAUCGUUUCCGCGUGGUGAGUUAUGCGUGGUGCGACGCCACGGUGCCACCAGACCAGCAGGCCAUGACCAAACAGCAGCAGCCAGCAAUCAAACUUCUCAACAUGGUCACCAACGGACGACAGACACGCUCGUCCGAUAAAGAGCAGCAGCAGCAGCAGCAGCAGCAGCAGCAGCAGCAGUUGUUGAAGUUACAACGGGUACGAUCACCAGUGGGCAACGGUGGCCGCUUCUACCAAUCAACCCUCCGCAGCUACAGCCACUGGUCACCGAGCGAACAGGGGGCAACGCUGGUGUGGCGCGAUCUCUGCGUCUACGCAACGGUGACCGCGUCGGAACACCGGGCCUUACCGGGCCGGGCACCGAUCAAACGCAUCAUCAACAACGUGAGCGGCGCGGUCACACCCGGCUCACUGAUUGCCCUGAUGGGCUCGAGCGGUGCGGGCAAGAGUACGCUAAUGGCGGCGCUAGCGUACCGUACGCCACCGGGCACGGUGGUACAGGGGGAGAUACUGAUCAACGGGAACCCGAUCGGACCGUACAUGUACCGGUUGAGUGGUUUCGUGCACCAGGACGACCUGUUCGUCGGGUCGCUGACCGUGUCCGAGCAUCUGCACUUCAUGGCGAAGCUGAAGCUGGGCCGGCAGGGCCGGGCCCCAAUCGACCAGCUCGUACGGGAGCUGCUCGAGCGCACCGGGCUGGGCCGGUGCGCCCGCACCCGGAUCGGUGAGGCCGGCGACGGUAAGAUGCUGUCCGGGGGCGAGAAGAAGCGGCUCGCGUUCGCCACCGAGCUCCUGUCCGAGCCGGCCCUGCUGUUCUGCGACGAGCCGACGACCGGGCUCGACUCGUACAAUGCGCAGGCGCUGGUGGCGACGCUGCAGCAGCUGGCACGCCGCGGUACCGCCAUCAUCUGCACCAUCCACCAGCCCUCCAGCCAGCUGUUCUCGAUGUUCGACCAGGUGAUGCUGCUGGCGGACGGGCGGCUCGCGUUCGCCGGCAAACCGCACGAUGCGCUACACUUCUUCGCCCAGCACGGGUACGACUGCCCGCCGAACUACAACCCGGCCGACUUCCUCAUCAGCACGCUCGCCAGCAGCCCCGGGCUGGAGCGGGCAUCCCACCGCUCCACCCACCGGCUGUGCGAUCUGUACGCGGUCAGCGAGGCGGCCGGCCAGCGCGAUCUGCUGAUCAACCUCGAGGUGCAUAUGGCGGAGACGGGCGACUUUCGGCGGACCGACGAGCAGCACCUGGCCAGCGGGAGCCCCUGGCCGCACGCGACCUUCUGGCUCACGUACCGCACCCUGCUGACGGUCGUGCGCAACCCAACCGUCCAGUAUCUGCGCUUCUGUCAGAAGAUUGCAAUAGCGGUGAUGGCGGGCUUGUGCUUUGCCGGUGCCAUCGAACCAUCGACGCAGCACGGCGUACAGGCGAUCCAGGGCGCCCUGUUCAUCCUCAUCUCGGAGAACACCUUCUCGCCGAUGUACUCGGUGCUGUCCGUGUUCCCGGAGACGUUGCCGCUGUUUCUGCGCGAAACCAAGAGCGGCCUGUACCGCCCGUCCCAGUACUACGUGGCGAACGUGAUCGCGAUGCUGCCCGGGCUCAUCCUCGAGCCGGUCGCGUUCGUCCUGUGCGCGUACUGGCUCGCCGGGCUCCGGGCGUCGUUGUACGCGUUCGCCAUGACGGCGCUGGUGGCGACGCUCGUCAUGAACGUGUCGACCGCGUGCGGGUGCUUCUUUUCCGCCGCCUUCAACUCGAUGCCACUGGCGAUGGCUUACCUGGUGCCGUUCGACUACAUCCUCAUGGUUACGUCCGGUGUUUUUCUCCAUCUCGGCACGAUGCCGGUCGCGAUCCGCUGGCUGCCGUACCUGUCCUGGAUGAUGUACGCCAACGAGGCGAUGUCGAUCGUCCAGUGGGACGGUAUCGGUAACAUCACGUGCCCCGCCGGCGACGGGAAGCUACCGUGCCUCCGGACCGGCCACGACGUCCUCGAGCACUACAGCUUCGACGAGGCGCACCUUUGGCGCAACAUUUGGGCCCUGCUGCUGCUGUACUUGUGCUUUCACACCCUCGGCUACCUGUUUCUGUGGCGCAAAACCAAACGCUAACACACCCGGCCCAGCCGCCGGCGCCGCCGCCGCCCGUACGAUUUUGU